AUGGCCAACGCAACAUCCAGUACAGUCCAUUUGGAAGCAAGCAUUGCAGCGCUAAGCCGAGCAGCAGAGACGACGGAUAAGCCAGCAGUGCGCACCGUACAAGCAACCAACUAUCUUUUCAAAGGAUUUCGCUUGCUGGGCAUUUACAUGCCUGAACGUCGUAAAUGGCUUUACUCACUAUACUCUCUCAUACCGAAUACUCUGGUAACCAUUUGGUUGCCGCUAUCGUUCGUCUUCAGUUAUGCUACCAUGUCCACUGAAGACUUGGUGCCGAGCAGCUUGCUCACCUCCAUUCAAGUGGCUAUAAACGUGAUUGGUUGUUCGGUAAAAAUAGUGGUCAUGGCUUUUUUGCUGCCAAAAUUGCGCAUCGCAAACGUUUAUAUGGAUCGUUUGGAUGCACGCUGUCGCGUUGAAGAAGAAAUCGCUGAGUUGCGAAAAAUUGUUCAACAGGGUAAUCGUUUCGUCGUACUCUUCGCCAUGUCAUACUGGAGUUAUGCGUCGAGCACAUUCCUCGGCUCGGUCAUUUUUGGACGACCGCCUUAUGCUUUGUACAAUCCCGUUAUUGACUGGCGCAAGUCAAAGCUGGAGUUCAUAACAGCAUCGCUCAUGGAAUUCGCACUCAUGGAUGUCGCCUGCUUUCAACAGGUUGUGGACGACUCUUAUGCCGUCAUUUAUGUGUGCAUACUGCGUACGCAUAUGCGUAUUUUAUUGAUGCGCCUCAAAAGGUUGGCCACCAAUGCCGAAACGAAUUUGGAGGAGAAUUUAGAAGAAUUGAAGCUUUGUAUAAUUGAUCAUAAGAACCUGUUAGGGCUCUACGACGUUGUAGCGCCCAUAAUUUCCGUUACAAUCUUUAUACAGUUCAUGAUCACCGCUAGCAUACUGAGCGCCACGCUCAUCAACAUCUUCAUAUUCGCCGAUCGGCUGUCGGCGCAGAUCGCAUGCUGUUUCUACAUACUGGCGGUCGUUGUUGAGAUAUUUCCGCUAUGCUACUUUGCGCAGUGUCUCAUGGACGACAGCGAACGCUUGUCGCAACAGAUAUUUCACUCCAAUUGGAUUGCACAGGAUGUGCGUUUUAGAAAAAUGCUGGUUUUCUUUAUGCAGCGCACGCAACGUGUGAUGGAACUCAAUGCGGGCAAAAUAUUCCCCAUAACGCUGGGCAGUUUUCUUAAUAUCGCAAAGUUCUCUUUCUCAUUGUACACGCUAAUCAAGAAAAUGGGCAUUAGAGAGCGUUUGGGACUGGAGUAG